AUGGGUUGGCGUGGGAUUCUGGGUUUUGUAGUUCAGGCACCUUUGGGACCUGAUAUUUCUGGACCUGAGCUUGUUGCUGCUGUUGCUAAUGCUGGUGGACUAGCUUUCCUCAGGGCUCCUGAUUGGGAAUCACCAGACUAUCUCCGGGAGCUUAUAAGUAAGACUCGAAGCUUAACGGACAAACCAUUUGGGGUUGUUGUUGUCCUGGCAUUUCCACAUGAGAAAAAUAUAAACGUCAUAUUGGAGGAAAAGGUAGCAGUUCUGCAGGUAUACUGGGGUGAUUGUUCUGUGGAGCUUGUGAUGAAAGCUCAUCGUUCUGGGGUUAAGAUUGUUCCUCAAGUGGGGAGUUUGGAGGAGGCCCAAAAAGCAAUCUCUGCUGGUAUAGAUGCAAUUAUUGUCUAAGGAUGUGAAGCAGGAGGACACGUGAUCGGUCAGGAUGCUUUGAUUUCAUUGUUGCCAAAGGUAGUCAAUCUUGUCGGAGAUCGAAAUAUAACCAUCAUUGCAGCAGGUGGUAUUGUGGAUGCUAGUGGGUAUGUUGCCGCGCUUGCAGGUGCACAAGGAAUCUGCCUAGGCACUAGGUUUCUUGCAACCGAGGAAAGUUAUGCUCAUCCCAUAUACAAGAGGAAGUUGGUUGAGUAUGACAGAACUGCGUACACUGAUAUAUUUGGCCGUGCAAGAUGGCCCGGAGCACCACAUCGUGUUUUGGAGACACCUUUCUUCAAUGAGUGCAAGUCUCUUCCUGAUCAUGAAACAGAAGCUGAUCAGCCAGUCAUUGGUCGAACAAGAAUACAUGACAGGGAAAUAGAAAUCCGUCGUCUUGCCGGGACAGUUCCAAAUGUAACCACAACUGGUGACAUUGAAAGCAUGGUUUUCUAUGCUGGCCAAAGUGUAGGCCUUGUCAAGGAAAUAUUACCUGCAGCAGAAGUGGUAAAGAGGCUAGUUGAAGGCGCUCAACUUCUAAUCAAGCAGAACAGUCAUAUGUUGUAA